AGCAAUAACAUUAAGAGUGCGCACAGGUCACGAAUAUACUCUAGAUAGAACCGAAGAUCAAUCUAGGAGCUUGAUCAGAGGCGAGUUCUGUGACGAUUUAACACAGUCUAACAAUAAUUCUAUCUAUCGUCCACCUUUGCUUUGGACGAUGUUCAUUCUAGUUGUUUCCGCCAUUGUCCUGGGGUGCAAUCUUGCCCCCUUCUACGCAAGCGCUCAGGCUCCUAUUCCAGAGAGUCCCCCUGGAUUCGUUUACAAGUCCACCUCUCCUGAUGUCCCCAUCCUGCUAGAGGCCUGGGUCGAUUUGAUCUGUCCAGAUGCUAAAGGGGCAUGGCUGACGUACCAGGAGGUGGCUGACCAUUAUGGGACCGAUACAGUGAGGUUUUCAGCGCUCAUGUUCCCUCUUCCCUAUGAUAGGGCUGCCAUGAAGGCAUCGCAGGGAUCGUUCGUCGCCAGAGACAUGAACCCCGCCUUGGUUUACGCGUGGUUUAAUAAUGUCUUCGACAAACAAGCCGCACUUUAUGACAAUGCUAUCUACGACAAAACAACUGAAUUCAUUGAUGAAACUCUGGCAACUUGGGCAUCUGAGGUUGGUUACGACAAAGAUCAAUUUCAGACCCGUUUGAACAGAUCCGACCCCGCUCAUUCACAAGCCAGAGUCGAGUUCAAAUAUGGAGCUACACGUGGAGUAUUCGGGACGCCUCAGACCUAUGUCAAUGGUGCCGUGGUCUAUUCUGAUUCUUCCUGGACGCUAGCGGACUGGAGGAACAUCAUAGAUCCACUGAUCUCAGGAAACAGGGUUUACUCUCUUUCUGGCAGCAUGAUUCCUGUUUGGCUGAGUGUGACCCUAGCAUUUGUACUCCGGAAGUAAAUCAAGAUCAAGACCAGAGGUCUACUCUAUGUGAUGAAAUUAAAGUAUUUUAAUACUUAUGCAUUUUGC